AUGUCUGGUAAUGAUAACCCAUCGUCUUUCAAAAAUUUCUUUAUAAAUCAUAGGAAACUAAUAAUCACCACGAUAACAGCGGGUACUGCUGCAUUUGGUGCUUACUAUUAUUAUAAUCAAUUACAAAAAUUACAACCAUCAGGUUCAAUCUCAAAAGAAACAGCCGGUAGCACCGAGAAGAACACGAAGAACCAUGACACUAUUAACAACGAUCUGAAUACUUCAUCUCCACCACCUCCAAUUAGUAAAAGUAAAAAGAAAAAAUUGAAGAAGAAAUUAAAGAAGAACCAUCAGAAAACCGAUGAAAAUAAUAAUAAUAAUAAUAACUCACAAUCCACUUCCUCUGCAUCCUCAUCUAAUUCUGCAUCUCCUAUACUCAAACCAUCAUAUCCAUUAGAUUCACAAAAUGACCCAGAUUUUAAUGAAAUCAAUAAAUUAAUAGCAAAUAAUGAAAAUUUGAAGAGCAAGUUCGCAAAGGAAUUGAAAAAUAAAGGUAACCAAUAUUUCAAAUCAAAAGAUAACGAAAACGCAAUCAAAUAUUACGAAUAUGCAUUAAGAUUAGAUCAAGAUCCAGUCUUCUAUUCAAACAUUUCAGCUUGUUAUUUUGCAAUGAAUCAACUAGAUAAAGUUAUCGAAUCAAGUAAUAAAGCUUUGGAAUUGAAACCUGAUUAUUCAAAAGCAUUAUUGAGAAGAGCAAAUGCAUACGAAGCAUUGGGGAAUAAUAAAGAAGCAUUAUAUGAUUUCUCAAUAUUAUCGUUAUUUGGUGAAUAUAGUGGUCAAUAUUUGGAACCUUUAUUAAAUAGAAUAUUGGAUAAAGUAUCGACUGAUGUAUUACGUGCCAAAUUAGAUAAUAAAAAAACUGAUAAUUUUAUUUUGCUUUCUGAUUCUGCUUUGGUUUCAUUUUUCGGUAUAUUCCCUCCUGAAACUACAAUUACUAACUAUAAUCCAGAUGAUGAAGCUGAUAAGGAAUUAGUUCAAGGUUUGGAAGCAUUAGCUAAGAAAACUUCAGAAGGAUUCUUAGAUGCAGAUAAACAUUUCAUUAAGGCAAAUGAAUUAUUCAUGGAAAAAUUAUUAUCUUCUGAAGAUAAUGACGAAAACUCUGGUCUAUUAGAAAAAGUCGCCAUUGCAUUGGAAUAUUCUGGUGUCUUCAAAUUUUUAAAAUUCGACUUAUUAGGUUCAGAGACAGAUCUCCAAAAGGCAAUUGAUUUAUACCCAAGACCAAAUUCAUACAUUUACAUGGCCAUGUUAGUAGCUGAUAAAAAUAACGAUAAAAAUGAUUUAGAUUAUUUCAAGUACUUCGAUAAAGCUACGACAUUAAAUCCUAAUUUUGCUCCGACUUAUUAUCACCGUGGCCAAUUGUUGUUAGUAAACCAAAAAUUUGAUGAAGCUGAAACAUUUUUCUUGAAGGCAAAGGAAUUAGAUGAUUCAAACGUCUACCCAUAUAUUCAAUUGGCUUGUGUAGCUUAUUAUAAUAGCACUUUUAAGAAAUGUCAAGAAUUGUUUGAUGAGGCAAGAACUAAAUUUCCUACAUUACCUGAAGUUCCAACAUUUUACGCUGAGAUUUUAGCUGAUAAGGGUGAAUUGGAAGCUGCUAUGAAACAAUAUGAUAUUGCUUACCGAUUGGAAACAGCUUACAAAUAUAUUCAUGUAGGUAUUGCUCCAUUAAUUGGUAAAGCUGCCGCAUUGGCAAGAAUUCCAACUCAAGAAAACUUUGAUACCAUGACUGAAUUAUUGGAGAAAGCAUGCGAAUUGGAUCCAAGAUCAGAACAAGCAAAGAUAUCUUUGGCCCAAUUAAAGUUACAAACGGAAGAUAUCGAUACUGCCAUCGCAUUAUUUGAAGAAACCGCUGAUUUGGCAAGAACUUAUCAAGAUAAAUUGCAAGCUACCACUUUUGCUGAAGCAGCUAAGAUCCAAAAAAGAAUAAAAGAAAAUCCCAUAUAUGCUGCUAAAAUAGAAGAAACAUUGGCUACUUAUAGAGCGGAUGGAAUAAUUUAA